UGCUAAAAUACAGCACGCUGUAUUAAAUCCCACCAGAUCAUGAUGAUGGAGACUCCAAACUGUAUGGAAACUGGUGUCUUAUCAUCUUUCAAAGACAGUGCUGAAUAUCAAUUUUAAAAUUGAAUUUGAUUAGCAACAAAAUUUAAAGAUAUGAUCAUCAUGGGAUAGACUGAUGCUGUAAAAUUGUGUUUGUAAAAAUCAUACAGGAUAUCUUUCUACAAAAAUGGCACUGAAUCGAAUAUGCAUUCCUUGGUCUAAGGUGCCUAGAUGUUCAGUGAUAUAUAAUUGUUUGCUUGCAAAUCAAACUUGUCUGCGAUAUCAAACAUGUGAAAAAUCAAGUUCCAGAUUUUUAACAAAAUCAUCUAAAGUAUUCUCUAACACUGAUUCAGAGAAUGUGGUUGAAAAUAAAAUUGCCAACAACUCAAGUGUUUUAGGACGUCAGUUACUUCACCCUACUGGAAUGACAGAAAUUUUAGCAUGUGAAAGCAGCAAAGCUCUUUUGUCACUUGCUUCAAGAAAAACACAGGAUUGGAAUUUUAAUCCCACUGACCUUGUUCCCAUUUUCAGUCACCUUGAAGAUAUUGUCUAUGAAAAAGAAUUAAGUCACCUGUCUUGGCUAUAUGGAGAAAGGAAAAUUGCAUUUCAACAGCUUGUUUAUAAUAAGAGAUUACAAACUGAUGUAAAUACUCCACUGCAGGGACCAGAAUUCACACAACUAUUACAAUCUCUUUCAACAAGCAUAGAUGACUUGGAGACAGAACAUUUAACAGAAAUUUUAUCUUCUGUUGCUCAUCUUGGAGUCCCUUUGUCAAAUGUUACAUGUGUUUCCAUUCUUAACCAAAUUUUAGACAAAUCUUCAUCAUUUUGUUGGUCAGAUUUUAGAUUUAUUGUUCCAUUAGCAAUGGAUGGUGUUAUUGGGAACAGAGAAAUCAUACUCAACAGGUUUAUUUAUCCCAAAUUUAAUGAACUGAUAAAAAAUGGUGGUUUAGAAGGACAGAGUCGAGAUAUGCUCCUUUCUUUUCAUCCUUUACUCCUUCGAGCUGCAGACAGGUAUCCAGUAGAUAUUAUAAUCAAAUGCAUGAGAAAAAUUGCAUCUUUAACUUCAGAGGAAGUUUUCAAUGAUUAUGAGGUAGCUGUAGACAUGUUUGAUUUGAUGGUUAAUUUAGCAAAGGAUGAUGGUCAUAAGAGUCUUCAUUGCUCUGAUGUGAUGUUUCAGUUAUUUAUCAAGAUCUGUCUGAGGUCUGCCGAAACAAUAUUAGAAAAUAUUGAUGAUGUAGAACCCUAUAGUUACAGAACAAUCAGAAAAGGUGUAUGGAUUAUCAAUCAGUGCAUUUUCUUUUAUCCAAAACAGUUAACAGAUGUAUUUAAUUUACUUGAAAAUGCAUUAACAAAUAAAUGUACUGAAUUACUUGAGAGAGAAAAUUUGACUUCAGCAGAAGUGAGCUAUGCAAUACCUCAUGUUCAGAAUUUAAGAGAAUCUGUACAAGGUGAAAAAAUAGAACAAACUUUGAGGAAAUGUUUGAAAGAUGCUGAUGGGUUUAUCAUUAGUCAUUUGGCAUAUAAUAUUCAUAGAGAAAAUGUUAGUAUGGAUUUCCUUUAUGACCUUAAUAAUAUUUGCUUAGAAAGGAUAAGUGAAAAAUACGACAAAAAAAUUAUAAGGUAUUUAGGUUUCAGUACGAGGAAUGAUAUAGAACCAAUACGAAAUCAAAUUAUAUCCAAAUUACUACACAUGUUCAAACACAAGACUUACAGUACCACAAUGACCUGCAGACUUGGUGCUUCACUUAUACUGCUUUCACCAGAGAUAGAUCCUCCUCCUUUUGUAAUCAAUGACCUUUUACAAGCUAUUCCAAGGGCAGAAGUCAAGGAUAUAUUUUUUAUAUCAGUAUGUUUCAGAAAAAUGUUUAGACAAAGAAAAAAGGAGUUUUAUAGAUAUUAUGGAGAUUUAAUGAUGGCGAUAAACAAAUCUGUUUCAGCAAAAAUCAAUCAAGGUCAACAACUUGAUACAUUAACCAGACACAUAAACAUGAUGAUCUCUUGUGACAUACCUUUGUUGAGAAUGGACAAUGAAGCCAUUAUAGAAUUUUCCAGAAUGCUUCCAGAUGUGGCUAGAAACAUGACCAUGCUUGAGUUUGGACAUCUUCUACGGAGGAUUUCAGUAACUGCUUACUAUAAUGAGGAGUUAUUACAUAUAAUAGAAAACUAUGUUAUUGAGAACAAAGACAAUAUAUUGAUAAAUCACCUGACCUAUGUUCUUGGUUACAUGGAAGAAACAGGAUAUGAAAUAAAAGAGCACAAAUUUGAAUCUGUAUGUUUGGAAAUUCUAGACAGGAGUUUUGAAGAAUUAUCUCAAUAUGAACAGAUUGAUAUAGUCUUGGACCUAUGUACACUACAAGUUUACCCAGAGAAAUACAUUCAUCAUAUUUUCUCUUUGGAAUUCUUUAAGCAGUUGGGUGAUUUUAUAAAUGGUUUGAAAGAUGAGCAAGAAGUCUUAAGGAUAAGGUUAGCCCUGGCUAAUCUAAAUAGAACAGUUGUCAUUGAUUGUCCACAGUUAAAUAUUCCUUGGAUCAUGAAAAAGUUUCCACCAGAAUUUAAAGUUGAAAGUACAAAGACAUUUAGACGUAGAAGAUUUGAAGAUUUGGAAUCAGUCAUUCAUUCCGUAUUAGGGAGUGAAGUGUUUUACAAGAGAACAGAUUUUUUACCAUACAAUUAUAUAGGUGAUUUUGUGUUUUAUUUGGAUAAAGACAGAAAACCUGUUGAAUACAGAAAAGGAAAAUAUUCGAAGGAUCCAUCUAUACAAAGGGUUGCUGUAUUAUAUAUGGAUCAAAGACAUUUCUGUUUAAACAGUCGACGAUUAGUUGGUUCAUUUAAAGCAAAAAUCCGCCAUAUACAGAUGUCAGGAUCUCAUGUUGUAGAGAUUCCUGUAUUUGAAUGGAAUUCCAUGGCACUCUCAUCAAAAGAAUCAAAGGAAAAGUAUCUUCGGACAAAAAUGUUAUCAUUCUGAGAAGAAUAACAGUUUAUUCAAGACAAAGCAAAUAUUUUUUGUGAAUAAAAAAAAAUGAAAAGUAUCAAAUAUAUAUCUAUAUAUUUUUAACUUUUAUAGUUAAAAUGAUUAAAGAAGUUACCAGAGUUAUUUCCCAUUUAUUGUCUGUUAUCAGUCUGCUGACACAUCACAUACAAAGAGAUUUAAAAAAAUUUACAAAUAAUUGUGUGUCAGAAUUCCCCCAAAUAGUGGUUUUAUCAGAAAAGUUAGAAUAAAUGAUGGGACUGCAUUAAAGUUCAGAAUUUGUUCAAAAACAAUAGAAGCAAUUACAUUAUAGGGAAAAUCCGUGAUUUUUUAACUUAUCAUCUUAAUAUGUUCCUCAUAACAUAAAAAAACUCAUUCACGAAGUUUUAAAUUUAUAUUCCCUCUAAUAACAGAGAAAAUCAAGUAUUUAUAACUUUUUUGUUUGACAUACGUCAUCUGGUUGUGAUGUUUUAACCCGAUUUAGCGAAUCCUGGGAAAUAAUAAAAUCAGUUCAAGUCUUAAUCGCUUAUCGAAUUUUCCCAUAGUUAAAAGCACGCAGAUGACCGUUUCUCGUAGCUAAUAACCACAAAAGAAGAAUGAAAGAAAAUGAACACACGUGUAACGUUUUGCAUUGAUUAAAUAAAAAAUCUUAUGGUAUAUAUAUUUGCGAUUUAAUUUUAUUUAUUAAUAGUUGUGAUUUUUUCCUGAAUUAUUUAUUGAAGACAAAUUAUGAACUAAUAUUGAACUGAAAAUAUUUUUCAUUCUUAUUUACCUUUAUAAUUUCAUUUCAGUGCAAAGUCUGUGUGAAUAGAAUGUGUCUGUUAUUUCGGAAAGGCAUUGUUUAUUUCUCAAAUAGAUGAUCAUUUUGUAAAACAAUUCGUUUAUUAUAGCUGAGGGCAAUUAAGCCUCAAACGUACGCUUUUACAGGUGUGAAUAUGUUGUCAUUUUGAAUGGAUUAACAGAAAUAGCCGGAAUGGCGAGUUUAAUACACCGAGAUCAAAUAUCCAAUGAGAAUGAAAAAAAAUAAUUGUAUGAUUUCCUUGAAAAUAAAAUUCAAAUUUUUAAUUCUAGCAAAUGCUAUAUUUCCCAAAAUUUAAUAGAGGCAAAACAUUUUUGCGGUCGUAUAUUGGUAUGACGUUGUUGUCGUCCGAAGACACAUUGGUUUUAGCACAAUAACUUUAGUUUAAGUGAAUGGAUCUCUAUGAAAUUUUACCAUAAGGUUCAAUAUCACAAAAGGAAGGUGGGGAUUGAUUUUGGGGGUUAUGGUACUAACAGUUAAGGAAUUAGGGGCCAAAAAUAAGCAUUUUUGUAACUUUCAGACAAUAACUUGUGUGUUAGUGUAUGGAUCUCUCUGACAUUGUACCACAAGGUUCCAUAUCACAAAGGGAAUGCUGUGAUUGGUUUUGGGGGUAAUUGCCUCAAAAUUUUAGGAAUUAGGGGCAAAAAACAAGCAUUUUUCUAGUUUCAUGACAAUAACUUGUGUGUAAGUGUAUGGAUCUUUCUGAAAUUGUACUACAAGGUUCCAUAUUACAAAGGGAAAGCUGGAAUUGAGUUUGGGGGUAAUUGCCCAAAACAUUUAGGAAUAAGGGGCCAAAAAGGGGCCAAAAAUAAGCAUUUUUCUAGUUUCAAGACAAUAAGUGUAUGGAUCUCUCUGAAAUUGUACUGCAAGGUACCAUACCACAAAGGGAAGGCUGGGAUUGAUUUAGGGAGUAAUUGCCUCAAAAUUUUAGGAAUUAGGAGCCAAAAAGGGGCAAAAACAAGCAUUUUUCUAGUUACAGGACAAUAACUUGUGUGUAAGUGUAUGGAUCUUUAUGAAAUUGUACUACAAGGUUCCAUAUUACAAAGGGAAAGCUGGGUUUGAGUUUGGGGGUAAUUGCCUUAAACGUUCAGGAAUUUGGGGCCAAAAAACAAGCAUUUUUCUAGUUUCCAGACAAUAACUUGUGUUCAAGUGUAUGGAUAUCUCUGAAAUUCAACAAAAAUUGAAUAUGUGGGCUUCUUUGAUAUGCUGAAUCUGACCAUGUAUUUAGAUUUUUGAUUUUUGGGCCCCGUUAUCAAAUUGGUCCACAUUGAGGUCAAAAGGGUCCAAAAUUAAACUUUGUUUGAUUUCAUCAAAAAUUGGAAUCUCUGGAUUCUUUGAUAUGCUGAAUCUAACCAUGCAUUUAGAUUUUGGAUAUUGGACCAUAAUAGGUAAAUUAAAAAUUUUUAAGUUCUUAGACCACAAUCAUUCUGUGUCAGAAACCUAUGCUGUGUCAAAUAUUUAAUCACAAUCCAAAUUCAGAGCUGAAUCAAGCUUGAAUGUUGUGUCCAUACUUGCCCCAACUGUUCAGGGUUCGACCUCUGCGGUCGUAUCAAGCUGUGCCCAGCAAGGCAUUUUUUUUGCUUAUAUCUCAAAAACUAAAGCUUGCCGAUAGGUAGAAACCAUGUCUGGUAUAAUUAUUUUUUUAGGAUCUAUGAAACUGUGUAUUAUUUGUCAUUAUCUUGUCGGGUAAAACAACCGUACGAUUGACAAGAGAUUUUGACACUUAAUUACGACUAUGUUAGUUCCAGCUUGUUUGGGUACUUUAUGGUUUAUAGUUAUCAUGUAUUGUUAUUAACCGGGAUGCCGUCAAGAUGGCUACAUGUAGAGAAUUGAUAUUCUCAAUUUAAAAUCGAUGGUGAUAUCUUAUGUAGGAGAAUAAAACUUUAUUUUUUUAUGAA